AUGGCACAGUGGGGUACUGGCAUGUACAUAUGGAUGCAUCUGUCAACUUCUCUCUCAUCUAUCUCCUGCCUCAUUCAAAAGGCUGUUGGGAGCGGCUGCCUCAGGAUGUCAGGGUUGAGACUGGGUGACCACGUGUGGCUGAACCCCACCUCUGCCGACAAGACCAGGGUGGCAAUCGGGGGCAUCAUCAAAGAGACCAAGCCUGGCAAAGUUUUGGUUGAAGAUGAUGAGGGCAAGGAACACUGGAUCCAAGCAGAGGACCUUGGCACCCUCAGCUCCAUGCACCCCAAUUCAGCUCAGGGCGUGGAUGACAUGAUCCGCCUGGGGGACCUGAAUGAGGCGGGCAUGGUGCACAACCUCCUGAUCCGCUACCAGCAGCACAAGAUCUACACGUACACAGGCUCCAUCCUGGUGUCGGUGAACCCGUUCCAGGUGCUGCCCCUCUACACCAUGGAGCAGGUGCAGCUAUACUACAAGCACCGUGCGGGCGAGCUGCCGCCGCAUAUCUUUGCCAUUGCCAACAGCUGCUACUUCAACAUGAAGAAGAACAAGAGGGACCAGUGUUGCAUUAUCAGUGGUGAGUCUGGGGCAGGGAAAACAGAGGCCACCAAGCUCAUCCUGCAGUUCCUGGCCACCAUCAGUGGCCAGCAUUCGUGGAUUGAGCAGCAGGUCCUGGAAGCCAACCCCAUCCUGGAAGCCUUUGGAAAUGCCAAGACAAUCCGAAAUGACAACUCAAGCCGCUUCGGGAAGUACAUUGACAUCUACUUCAACUCCAGUGGGGUGAUCGAAGGGGCACGCAUCGAGCAGUUUCUCCUGGAGAAAUCCCGGGUCUGCCGGCAGGCCCCGGAGGAGCGUAACUACCACAUCUUCUAUUGCCUGCUCAUGGGGAUGAGCGCCGAGGAGAAGAAGCUGCUGUGCCUGGGGACGCCCUCGGAGUACCACUACCUCACCAUGGGGAACUGUACUUCCUGUGAGGGGCGCAAUGAUGCCAAGGACUAUGCCCAUGUCCGCUCGGCCAUGAAGAUCCUCAUGUUCUCUGACUCCGAAAACUGGGACCUCAGCAAGUUGCUGGCCACUAUUCUCCACCUGGGCAAUGUGGAGUUCAUGGCUGCGAUCUUUGAGAACCUGGACUCCUCUGAUGUGAUGGAGACCCCUGCCUUUCCCACUGUGAUGAAGUUACUGGAGGUGAAGGACCAGGCCCUCCGAGACUGUUUGAUCAAGCACUCCAUCACCAUCCGCGGGGAGUUUGUCACCAGGCCCCUGAACAUCACUCAGGCUGCAGACCGGAGGGAUGCCUUUGUCAAGGGCAUCUAUGGGCAUCUCUUCCUGUGGAUUGUCAAGAAGAUCAAUGCUGCAAUUUUCACCCCACCUGCCCAGGACCCCCAAAAUGUGCAAAGGACAAUCGGCCUCCUGGACAUAUUUGGUUUUGAAAACUUCCAGAAAAAUAGCUUCGAGCAGCUCUGCAUCAACCUGGCCAACGAGCACCUGCAGCAGCUGUUUGUGCAGCACGUGUUCAUGGUGGAGCAGGAGGAGUACCGCGCAGAGAGCAUUGCCUGGGACUACAUCCACUACACCGACAACCGGCCUACCCUGGACCUGCUGGCCCUCAAGCCCAUGAGCAUCAUCUCCCUCCUGGACGAAGAGAGCCGCUUCCCACAGGGGACAGAUACCACUUUGCUGCAAAAACUGAAGAGUGUCCACGCUAACAACAAGGGCUUCCUACAGCCCAAGAACAUCCAUGAUGCCCAAUUUGGCAUUGCCCACUUUGCUGGCGAGGUGCACUACCAUGUAGAAGGCUUCCUGGAGAAGAAUCGGGAUGUACUGAACAGGGACAUCCUCGCCCUGGUCCACUCCUCCCAAAACAAGUUCCUGCGGGAGAUAUUCGGGCUGGAGUCCAAGGAAAGCAGGCGGGGCCCUGGGAGCCUCAUCCGGGUGAAGGCCGGCAGCCAGCAAUUCAAGUCUGUAGACUCCAGCAAGCGGCCCUCCACCUUGGCUGGCCAGUUCAAGCAGUCUCUGGACCAGCUGAUGAAAAUCCUGACCAAUUGCCAGCCCUACUUUGUCCGUUGCAUCAAACCUAAUGACUACAAGAAGCCACUGCUCUUCGACCGUGAGCUGUGCAUCCAGCAGCUGCGCUACUCGGGGAUGAUGGAGACCGUGCACAUCCGCAAGACCGGCUUCCCCAUCCGCUACUCAUUCGAGGAGUUCUCCCAGAGGUUCCGGGUCCUGCUGCCUAGUGCCGUGCACACGGAGCUCCGGAACAAGUUUCGUCAAAUGACCCUGCGCAUCGCCGAAAGGUGGCUGGGGACAGAUGAAGAAUGGAAAAUGGGAAAGACCAAGAUCUUCCUGAAGGAAAACCAGGAUACCCUGCUGGAGGUACAGAGGAGUCGGGCCCUGGACGAGGCUGCCAUCAGAAUCCAGAGAGUCCUGCGGGGCUACAAAUACAGGGAGGAGUUCCUGAGGCAGAGGCAGGCAGCUGUGACCCUCCAGGCCUGGUGGAGAGGCCACCACAGCCAGAGGAACUUCAGGCUGAUCCUCCUGGGUUUUGAGCGCCUGCAGGCCAUUGCCCGGAGCCAUCUGCUGGCAAAGCAGUACCAGGCCCUGCGGCUGAGGAUGGUCAAGCUGCAGGCCCUCUGCAGGGGCUACCUGGUGCGCCAGCAAGUCCAGGCCAAGAGGAGGGCUGUGGUGGUCAUCCAGGCGCAUGCCAGGGGCAUGGCUGCUCGACGGAACUUCAAGCAGCAGAAAGUCAAUGUGCCUCUGGUCCUCCCAGCUGAAGAGCAGAAGAGCCCAAGCACUGUGCCCAAAAGGAAGCGUAAGUCCAUCUACGACACCAUCACUGACACAGAGAUGGUGGAGCAGGUGUUUGGCUUCCUGCCUUCCCUGACUGGUGGGCAGGAUGGCCAGGCUACACCGCACAUUGAGGAUCUGAAAGAGAUGACCGAGAAGCUGCCUGAGGUUGACCUAGACAUGGUCCCCAUGAUGGAGGAGCCUGAGGAUGACCUGGCCGAGUACACCUUCCCCAAGUUCGCCGUGACCUACUUCCAGAAGUCAGCCAGCCACACACACAUCCGGCGGCCCCUCCGAUACCCUCUGCUCUACCACGAGGAUGACACUGACUGCUCGGCUGCCCUGGCUGUGUGGAGCAUCAUCCUACGGUUCAUGGGCGACCUUCCGGAACCAGUGCUCUUCACCAGGAACACCCCGCAUGGCGGCUCAGUGAUGCAGCAGAUCCACAAUGCCCUGGGCAAGGACAGCAGCACCCAGCCUCCCCAGCACAGCAGACCAGCACAGAGGCCAAGCCGCAGGGACAGAGGGACCAAGGACAUCUCCUCCAUGAAGCUGAAGCGAUCCUCCUGGGUUACGGGCCAGGUGGCCAGCCAGCUGAAUAUUGGAGAAGAGGCAUUUGAAGAGGACGGCCCCAUCUCAGACGGACCCAUGUCCAACCUGGAGAAGGUGCAGUUCAUUGUGGGCUAUGCCAUCUUGCGUCCCGGCCUCAGGGACGAAAUUUACUGCCAGAUCUGCAAGCAGCUCUCAGAGAACUACAAAACAAGCAGCCUGGCCCGGGGUUGGAUCCUGCUCAGCUUGUGCCUGGGCUGCUUCCCGCCUUCCAAGAGGUUCAUGAAGUAUCUGCUGAACUUCAUCAGUCAAGGACCAGUCGGCUAUGGGCCCUUCUGCGCUGAGCGCCUGAGACGCACCUGUGCCAAUGGGGUGCGCACAGAGCCCCCCUCCUGGCUGGAGCUGCAGGCUGUCAAGUCCAAGAAGCACAUCCCAAUCCAUAUCACCCUGGCGACUGGAGAGAACCUGACGGUCAUGGUGGACUCAGCCUCAACGUCUCGGGAAGUCUGCCUGCACAUCGCCCGCAAGCAGGGCCUCAGCGACCACCUGGGCUUUUCUCUGCAGGUCGCCGUGUACGACAAGUUCUGGUCCCUGGGCAGCGGGCGUGACCACGUGAUGGAUGCCUUGGCCCAGUGUGAGCAACUGGCCCGGGAGAGGGGCGAGAGUGAGCGCCAGGCACCAUGGCGCGUCUACUUCCGGAAGGAGUUCUUCACCCCCUGGCAUGACUCCCAGGAGGACCCGGUCAGCACCCAUCUCAUUUACCGACAAGUCCUCCAUGGAGUCUGGUUUGGCGAGUACCCCUUCGAGAAGGAGGAAGAGCUGGUGGAGCUGCUGGCCCAGCACUGCUACGUGCAGCUGGGCGCCGCAGCCGGGAGCCAGGCCAUCCAGGAGCUGCUGCCCGGCUGUGUCCCCUCCAAGCUGUACAGGACCAAGACCCCUGAGAAGUGGGCCAGCCUGGUCACCACCGCCUACUCCAAGGCACCCUACACCCAGAACCAGGCCAGGUCGCUGACCGUGCAGGAGCAGGUGGUGGACACUGCCUGCCUGAAGUGGCCGCUGCUCUUCUCUCGGCUCUUUGAAGUCACCACACUCUCAGGCCCCCGACUGCCCAAGACUCAGCUGAUCUUGGCUGUUAACUGGAAGGGUCUGUACUUCCUGGACCAGAAGGAGAAGGUGCUCCUGGAACUCUCUUUCAUCGAGGUCAUGAGUCUGAUCACCAAUAGGGAGGCCCAGGGUGGGCAGAGGCUGAUGCUGUCCACGCUGCAUGAAGAGGAGUAUGAGUUCCGGUCUCCCAGCUGCGUGGCCGUCGCCGAGCUGGUGGCCAUGUUUCUGGAGGGCUUGAAGGAGAGGUCCGUGUUCGCCAUGGCCCUGCAGGACAGGAAGGCCACAGAGGAUUCCACCCUCCUGCCCUUCAAGAAGGGGGACUUGCUGAUCCUGACAAAGAAGCAGGGCCUGCUGGCCUCUGAGAACUGGACCCUGGCCCAGAACGACCGGACCGAGAAGACGGGGCUGGUGCCUACCUCCUGCCUAUAUGCCAUCCCGACAGUCACCAAGCCCUCAGCCCAGCUGCUGAGCUUGCUGGCCAUGUCACCGGAGAAGCGGAAGCUGGCAGCCCAGGAGGGGAGGCCCGCAGAGGCUCCCCUCGAGGAGCAUCCCGAGGAGACCCUGCACACCCUGGAGGAAUUCUCCUAUGAAUUUUUUAGGGUCCCAGAGAAGGAGACCAUCAGCAGAGCUGUGCUGCCCCUGGCUCGAGCCCGGGGGCAGCUGUGGGCCCACUCGGCCGAGCCCCUGAGGCAGCCACUACUCCGGCGCGUCCACGCCAAUGCUGAGCUGCGGGAUGCCGCCUGUCAGAUCUUCAUCGAUAUCCUUUCCCGGCUGGCCUGCCCCAGCCCCACACCAAGCCUGUACAUGGGUGACUACCCCUCUCGGCAGGCCUGGACCUCCCUGGAGCUCACCGACCAGAUCUUCUCAUCAGCCCUCCAGGAGGCCAUCCUGCAGGACGAGGUUUAUUGCCAGAUCCUGAAGCAGCUGACGCACAACACCAAGAGGUACAGUGAGGAGCGGGGCUGGCAGCUGCUGUGGCUCUGCACCGGCCUCUUCCCACCCGGCAAGGCGCUGCUGCCGCACGCCCAGAAGUUCAUAGACACGCGGAGAAGGAAGGUGCUGGCCCCCGACUGCAGCCGCCGCAUCCAGAGGGUCCUGAGGACAGGGCCCCGGAAGCAGCCGCCGCACCAGGUGGAGGUGGAGGCCGCGGAGCAGAACGUCUCCCGCAUCUGCCACAAGGUCUACCUGCCCAACAACACGAGCGAGAUGCUGGAGGUGGGUGCCAACACCCGGGUGCGGGACGCCUGUGACAGCAUCGCCGCCCGGCUGCAGCUUGCCUCCUGGGAGGGCUGCAGCCUCUUCAUCAAGAUCGCAGACAAGGUCAUCAGCCAGAAGGAGGGAGACUUCUUCUUUGACUCCCUGUGGCACGUGUCCAACUGGGUAAAGAAGAACAAGCCCCAGAAGGAAGGGGCCCCUGUGACAAUCCCCUAUCAGGUGUAUUUCAUGCGGAAACUGUGGCUCAACGUGGCCCCUGGGAAAGAUGUGAAGGCAGACACCAUCCUUCAUUACCACCAGGAGCUGCCCAAGUACCUGCGUGGGUUCCACAAGUGUUCAAGGGAGGAUGCCAUCCACUUGGCUGGCCUCAUCUACAAGGCCAGGUUUGGUGAUGACCGGUCCCAGCUAGCCAGCAUCCCCAAGAUCCUGCGGGAACUCGUGCCCGAGAACCUCACGCGCCUAAUGUCCUCAGAGGAAUGGAAGAAGAACAUCCUCCUGGCCUGCAACAAGCACAAGGACAAGACGGUAGAGGAGGCCAAGGUGGCCUUCUUGAAGUGGAUCUGCCGGUGGCCCACCUUCGGGUCUGCCUUCUUCGAGGUGAAGCAAACUUCGGAGCCCUCCCACCCGGACAUCAUCCUCAUUGCCAUCAACCGGCACGGGGUCCUGCUCAUCCACCCCAAGACCAAGGACCUGCUCACCACCUACCCCUUCACCAAGAUCGCCAGCUGGAGCAGCGGCAGUACCUACUUCCACAUGGUGCUGGGGGGCCUGGGCCGGGGCAGCCGCCUGCUGUGUGAGACCUCUCUGGGCUACAAGAUGGAUGACCUGCUGACCUCGUAUGUGCAGCAGCUGAUAAGCACAGUGAACCGGCAGCGGGGCCCCCGCAGCUCAGUCUCAGGCCACCUGUAG